AUGUGGUUCGAAGAAAGGAGGAAAAGAAUAACCGCGUCAAAUUUCGGGUCGAUCUGCAAGGCAAGAGAUCAUGAAAGAAAAUUAAAACUCGCGAAAUCAUUUAUAUCGCCUAAACAUUUCGUUAACGAAGCCAUAAAACACGGUAUCGAUCAUGAAAAGUCAGCGCUCGACGCGUUCCUGGCCCAAAACAAAAAAUAUAAACAUAAGAAGUGCGGUCUAGUUAUCCCUCAACAUUUUUCAUUACUAGGGGGUUCUCCAGAUGGACUUCUGGAUGAUGACGGGAUUAUCGAAAUUAAAUGUCCUUUCAAAGUGAACGACAUGAAACUUUAA